UACGGCGGCAUGGGGGGCGGCGGCGGCGGCGGCAACGCGCGCGAGCUCGACCAGACUCCGACAUGGGCCGUGGCGUCGGUGUGCGGUGUGAUCGUGAUCAUCUCCAUCCUGCUGGAGAAGGGGCUCCACCACGUGGGCGAGUUCUUCUCGCACCGCAAGAAGAAGGCCAUGGUGGAGGCCCUGGAGAAGGUGAAGGCGGAGCUCAUGGUGCUGGGCUUCAUCUCCCUCCUCCUCGUGUUCGGGCAGAACUACAUCAUCAAGAUCUGCAUCAGCAACCACGCCGCCGACACCAUGCUCCCCUGCAAGCUCAAGGCCGUGGAGGCGGUUGCUGCUGGUGGUGGUGGUGGUGAGGGCGGCGGCCAGGAGCACGGCGGCGCGGGCGUCCCCGAGAAGAAUAAGGGCGGCGAGGCCGAAGCAGGCGCCGAGCACCUGGGGGGCGUGGUGGCCUGGGCACCCCCCUACUAUGCCGGCGGCGGCGCUGGGUCGUCGUGGCACCACAGCAGCAGCAGGCUCCUGGGCGAGGCGAACAUGAAGACGAAAUGCCCCGACGGGAAGGUGUCGCUCAUCUCCAUCAACGCGCUGCACCAGCUGCACAUCUUCAUCUUCUUCCUGGCGGUCUUCCACGUCUCGUACAGUGCGAUCACAAUGGCACUGGGCAGGGCCAAGAUACGUGCAUGGAAAGAGUGGGAGAAAGAAGCGGCAGGGCAAGAUUACGAGUUCUCAAAUGACCCUACGCGUUUCCGGUUUACUCACGAGACGUCGUUCGUGAGGCAGCACAUGAAUGUGCUGAACAAGACCCCAGCAUCCUUCUACAUCAGCAACUUCUUCCGUCAGUUCUUCCGAUCCGUUCGGAAGGCGGACUACUGCGCGCUGCGGCACAGCUUUGUGAACGUCCAUCUCGCCCCUGGCAGCAAGUUUGAUUUCCAAAAGUACAUCAAGCGCUCUCUGGAGGACGACUUCAAGGUGAUCGUGGGCAUCAGCCCCCCGCUGUGGGCGUCGGCUCUCAUCUUCCUGCUGCUCAACGUCAACGGGUGGCACACCAUGCUGUGGAUCUCCAUCAUGCCUGUCGUCACCAUCCUCUCCGUGGGCACCAAGCUGCAGGGCAUCAUCUGCCGGAUGGCCAUCGACAUCACGGAGCGGCACGCGGUGAUCCAGGGCAUCCCGCUGGUGCAGGUCAGCGACUCCUACUUCUGGUUCGCGAGGCCAACGUUCGUGCUCUUCCUCAUCCACUUCACGCUCUUCCAGAAUGGCUUCCAGAUCAUCUACUUCCUCUGGAUCCUGUAUGAGUACGGGAUGGACUCUUGCUUCAACGACUCCAAGGAAUUUGUCUUCGCACGCCUCUGCCUAGGGGUGGUGGUUCAGGUGUUGUGCAGCUACGUCACGCUCCCACUCUACGCCCUCGUCUCUCAGAUGGGCUCCACCAUGAAGCAGUCCAUCUUCGACGAGCAGACUUCCAAGGCCCUCAAGAACUGGCGCGCCGGCGUCAAGAAGAAGGCCCCCACCAGCUCCAAGCACGGCGGCCACGGCGGCUCACCCGCCGGUUGCAGCCCCCGCGGCGGGAGCCCCACCAAGGCCGACGCGGAGAAGAAGAACGCCGCCCAUCAGCAGCAGGGCGACGCCGCCGGCACGGGGCUGCAGGCCGGCGCCGCCAAGAAAGCAGCAGCAGGCCAGCAGGAAGGCGAGUACGAAUUCAUCAAGAUCGACGAGUAG